AUGAAUAAGUCCAACUCUCUUGUGGCAGGUUCCAACAGGAUAGUGGAAGAGGACAAUGCGGAUUUCUCCCCGAGUGAUUCAUCUUGGGUACCAAGUGAUGACGAUACAGACGCAGCAGACUCUGAGGUUAGAGGUUCCAAAAGGAUAGUGGAAGAGGACAAUGCGGAUUUCUCCCCGAGUGAUCCAUCUUGGGUACCAAGUGAUGACGAUACAGACGCAGCAGACUCUGAGGUUAGAGGUUCCAAAAGGAUAGUGGAAGAGGACAAUGCGGAUUUCUCCCCGAGUGAUCCAUCUUGGGUACCAAGUGAUGACGAUACAGACGCAGCAGACUCUGAGGUUAGAGGUUCCAAAAGGAUAGUGGAAGAGGACAAUGCGGAUUUCUCCCCGAGUGAUCCAUCUUGGGUACCAAGUGAUGACGAUACAGACGCAGCAGACUCUGAGGUUAGAGGUUCCAAAAGGAUAGUGGAAGAGGACAAUGCGGAUUUCUCCCCGAGUGAUCCAUCUUGGGUACCAAGUGAUGACGAUACAGACGCAGCAGACUCUGAGGUUAGAGGUUCCAAAAGGAUAGUGGAAGAGGACAAUGCGGAUUUCUCCCCGAGUGAUCCAUCUUGGGUACCAAGUGAUGACGAUACAGACGCAGCAGACUCUGAGGUUAGAGGUUCCAAAAGGAUAGUGGAAGAGGACAAUGCGGAUUUCUCCCCGAGUGAUCCAUCUUGGGUACCAAGUGAUGACGAUACAGACGCAGCAGACUCUGAGGUUAGAGGUUCCAAAAGGAUAGUGGAAGAGGACAAUGCGGAUUUCUCCCCGAGUGAUCCAUCUUGGGUACCAAGUGAUGACGAUACAGACGCAGCAGACUCUGAGGUUAGAGGUUCCAAAAGGAUAGUGGAAGAGGACAAUGCGGAUUUCUCCCCGAGUGAUCCAUCUUGGGUACCAAGUGAUGACGAUACAGACGCAGCAGACUCUGAGGUUAGAGGUUCCAAAAGGAUAGUGGAAGAGGACAAUGCGGAUUUCUCCCCGAGUGAUCCAUCUUGGGUACCAAGUGAUGACGAUACAGACGCAGCAGACUCUGAGGUUAGAGGUUCCAAAAGGAUAGUGGAAGAGGACAAUGCGGAUUUCUCCCCGAGUGAUCCAUCUUGGGUACCAAGUGAUGACGAUACAGACGCAGCAGACUCGGAGGAAAUUUCAGAAAACGAAAUGCGCAUUCGUCGACGACAGCGACGUAGGAGCAACUCCCCAUCGGAGUCAAUAAAUAGAGAAAAAGAACGGUACUGUAACCUUGUAGAGGAAUUUCGAAGAAAGAUGGACAGGUUAUCGAGAAGAAAAACAAAAUCACAGACACCGGCACCGGGUGACGAUAUUAACAAGGAUAGGGGCAACAACCUGCCUCGCCCCAGCUGUCGCCGCCGCAGAGAAUCUGAUGACUAG